ACAAAAAUGGCUGCAAUUAUUCACUGAUUAACACUUGAGUUGUGUUUUGUUUGCAAAUAAUUGAUUGUUGUUUUGAUCGUGUGUUUUCUGUCACUAAUUGUGUUGUAGUGUCCGUAAGAGUGUUAUUGAGUGGCAUUUGAUCCGUUGUGGUGACAACACGCCCACCACUUGUGGUGCACUUUUUGCCGCCAAUCGUAAGGCAAUCGUAAGCCAUGUUUUACUCGGUGUUUGUGUUGGGAAAGAAGGGUCCGUUGGCCAGAGUCUGGUUGGCCGCGCAUUGGGACAAAAAGAUCACUAAAGCGCAGAUCUUGGAGACCAAUAUCGUGGAGAGCGUCGACUCUAUCCUUCAGCCAAAGGUGAAGCUGUCGUUGAGGACAUCGUCUCAUCUACUGCUGGGAAUUGUCCGCAUUUACGCGCGAAAGACGCUGUAUUUGCUUCAGGACUGUCAGGACGCGGCCUUUAAGAUCAAGUCUGCGUUCAGACCGGGAGCUGUGGAUCUGCCCGAUGGCAAGACAGAGGCGGCCAUCAGUGCCAUCACAUUGCCAGAGAUGCUCGACUUCAUCAACGACUUUGAUCUCAUCGCUGAGCCGCCAAUGCAAAUGGAACCGCCGGCGACCAGCGCUAACAUCCGUAACAUAACACUAGUGGAGGACAUCUCCAGCAUUCAUGUGGACGACCCGCUGAUGCAAGACGUGAGAGAGUGGUCUGACAUGUCGUCCAUUCACGCCAGUGAUGGCGGAAUCAACUUAAAGGAGACGCCAGUGAUGGGCAAAAGUGGCGCCAAAACGGGUAUCGAUCUGUUCGAUAGGCCGGCUCUGGACGACGGCUUCGGCGGCGAACUCGGCGUCGGUAUUGUCGACGACGACGACGACAUGUUUGGCCUACGAGUGCCGCCCGAAGCCAUGGAUCAGCAACAGCUCGACCAACAGCAACAGGAAGUGCCCGAACAACAGCCCAAAAGCGUUCAAAGGCCGGACUCUGCGAUGUCUGACCGCUCGGACAGUAUGUCUUACGGCGCGCCCGCAUCGAUGGCUCCGUCUGGUCCGCCCUCAACGCCCGGAUCCGUACCUCCCGUUCCCGACGACGACGAAGAGAUGCCAUUCGCGGCGCCCAUUCCUCCCGCACCGCAACAACAACAGCACCAGUCGUUCGACGCUCUCGAAGGCGUCCGACGGGACGGUUCGCUCGACCCGAAGAUAUCCGACGCUUACGACACUAUGGUUUUGGAACCCCUGGAAGCGCAGGGACUCGAGAAGAGGCGCAAACGGCGCAAGAAGUUAGGCAUUUUGAUCGAUGAGGUGAAGACCCUCUCCGGCGAAGAGAUGAAAGCACAGCUGUCGGACACCACAGACAUCAUCACUACAUUGGAUUUGGCGCCGCCUUCCAAGAAAUUGAUGCACUGGAAGAGGACGGGAACCGCUGAGAAGAUGUUCGCACUGCCCGAACGACUCAUGCCCUGCGCUCGACUACUGAUCCUCUAUUCGCGACACUUGACGACCACUCGUAUUGAAGCCGAUAUGGAGGACCAGUUGCCGGAGGGAGAGCUGAUGAAUGGACACAACGACGCGCCGCCACCGCUGCCAGAGUUGGACGAUCUCGAGGAACAGUUGCCCCCACUGUCGCCCAUUCAAGACCUACAGCCGCCCAAAACCCCGAAGACUCCCUCCUAUACCCGAACGCCGCCCAAAAAGAAGCGCAAAACAGAGGAACGCAAACACAAAGAGCCCGUCAAUCAUCACAUCACUCGCGACGAACCCGAAGAACAGGACUCACAUCUGCGCGACGUGUCCUCCAUUCAGAACAUUCGGGCCGGAAGUCUGGCCACUGAACAGCCCUUUCAACACCCCUUCGACACCUUCCAGGAGGAGGACGACGACGACGACAUGUAUAACGCACCCAUGUCUGUCGGACCGCCUGAGCCGAUGUUUGAGGGCGAGACGGAUGAGCAGUUUGAGGAGCGGAUGACCAAACGUCGCACAGAUAUCCUGUUGAGGUAUAUGGUUACACAACUAGAGGAGGGGCCCCUCCUCUUCACCAAUUUGGUCAAACAUAACCGCAGAAAACAGGUCGCACAGAAGUUCUUCUCAUUGUUAGUGCUUAAGAAACAACAGGCGAUUGAAUUGACACAAAACGCGGACUUACCGUACGCUGAGAUUUAUAUAGAGAAGGGUCGGCGCUAUGAAGAGUCACUUCUCUCCUCAUCCGUCUCCUAA